UCCGGGGUCCCUGCAGGGAAGUGGAGCAAGAGGAGAAGUCGGCGUUUCCAUCACACAGAGAUGAUGACGGUGUGCGCGCGCGUCCCGGGCCUGCUGCUGGUCCUGGUCCCGGUUCUGACCCUGUUCCUGAGCGCGUGCGUGGCCCGCUCUCCUUACCAGGCGGUCCUGCAGCACAGCCGGAUCCGAGGCCGCCUGCAGGGACCAAAUGUUUGUGCCAUGCAGCAGGUCAAAGGAACUGACAAGAAAUAUUUCACCAACUGCAAGCAAUGGUAUCACCGUAAGGUCUGCGGCAAGCCCACGGUGAUCACCUAUGAGUGCUGUCCGGGCUACGAGAGGAUCCCUGGAGAGAAAGGCUGUCCUGCAGCUCUUCCUCUCGUGAACAUCUACAACACUCUGGGUGUAGUUGGAGCUACAACCACAAAGAUGUACACAGAACGAGCCCAGCUGAGGGAGGAGGUGGAAGGUCCAGGAAGCUUCACCUUCUUUGCUCCAAGCAACGAUGCCUGGGCUGCUCUGCCUGCUGAAAUCCUGGAUGCUCUGGUGAGCAACGUGAACAUCGAGUUGUUGAACGCUCUCCAUUACCACAUGGUGAACCGCAGACUGACCUCGGAGGACCUGAGGCACGGCUCCUCCUUCUCCUCCAUGUACCAGGACUUCAAGGUUCACAUCCAUCACUACAGCAACGGGGUGGUGACGGUGAACUGUGCCCGCCUGAUCAAGCCCGACCAGCAUGCCACAAACGGCAUUGUGCACGUGGUAGACCGCGUCAUCACCGCUGUCAGCAACAGCAUGCAGACCAUCAUGGACGUGGACGGCGACCUGGAGACGCUGCAGGCGGCCUUCGUUACCGCCGGACUGACCAACAUCCUGGAGGACGAGGGCCAGUACACCAUCUUUGCUCCCACCAACGAGGCCUUCGAGAAGAUUCCCCCCGACACCCUGAACCGGAUCCUGAAAGACCCCGUGGCUCUGACGGACAUGCUGAACUACCACAUCCUGAAGCACAUGCAGUGCGCCGAGUCGGUGGUGGCAGGGACGCCAAUGGAGACACUGCAGGGCACGACGCUGGAGGUCGGCUGUGACGGAGACUCAAUGACGCUCAACGGGAAGGCCAUCGUCACCAAGAAGGACCAGCUGGGCACGAACGGGGUCAUCCACUACAUUAAUGAGCUGCUCAUCCCCGACUCAGCAAAGACUCUGUUGGAGUUGGCUGACGGUUCAUCUAUUUCCACGGCGACCAAGUUGUUUGUGGAGGCGGGGCUCAGCUCCCACCUGACGGGCUCGGAGGCCCUCACCCUGAUGGCUCCUCUCAACGAUGCUUUCAAAGGCACCGUGACCAUGACUCCGGAAAUCAGGAAGCUGAUGACCAAUCACAUCCUGAAGGAGCAGCUGUCCUCCAAAGCGCUGUACCACGGCCAGGAGCUGGAGACACUCGGAGGCCUGCGACUGCGCGUCUUCGUCUACAGAAAUAACUUGUGCAUAGAGAAUGCCUGCAUUGCUGCCCACGAUAAGACGGGACGCUUCGGCACCAUGUUCACCGUGGACAAAGUCCUGACCCCCCCCAUGGGGACUCUGAUGGACAUCCUGAAGUCUGAUGACCGCUUCAGUACCCUGGUUGGAGCCAUCCAGACAGCAGGCAUGACGGAGCUGUUGAACCAGGAGGGGGCGCUCACCUUCUUCGCCCCCACCAACGAAGCCUUCAGCGCGCACGCCGACCUCAACAGGCUGCUCAGUGAUCCGGCGGCGCUGGCGGGGGUGCUGAGGUAUCACCUCGGAGAGGGUCUGCUGGUCAGCGGGGGAGUCAGCUCCCACACCCGUGUCACCCCUCUGCAGGGAGACAAGCUGGAGAUGGGCGUGCGUAACUACACUGUCUAUGUCAACAAGAUCCCCGUGGCAGACGCCGACCUCAUGGCCACCAACGGCGUCGUGCACGCCGUCAACAGCAUCAUCAAACCUCUGCCUCCGAAGGUAGAUCGUGAGCAGUCGGAUGCCCCCGCGGCACCGCUAAGAGCCGCCGCUUCUUUCCGGGCUGAUGCCAAGAGCUUCAGGAAUGAGAAUCUGUUCAGGCAGGUGGUCCGAAGUCGCUCCAGCAGGACGAUGCAGCAGUGAGCCUGCAGAGGAGGAACCAGCGGAGAAGAAAGAGGGUCACGGAGGUGACAUGAUGCAUUCAGUGUCAGCUCAAAAUGUCAGAAGAAGGAGAAAAUGUUUUUUAAACUUAAACUUUUUGUAAAAAAAAUGAAGAAAACUCGUAGUUUGGAGUUGCUGCAGUGUUUUUUAAAGCCAGCAGGGGGCGACCUCGCCCCGUCUCGAGCUGCAACAUUCAGCCUGUGUUUGUAAAAUAAAGCUGAA